CCGGUGCCAGCUAACAAGCAAGUGCGCCUGAGCCCUCUCCCCACAUCCUUACUGUCCAUCCCCCGACAUGUACUCUAGCUACGCCAAGGCCCCCAAGUCGGCGGACCAGGGGAAGAAGCAAGUGGCCACGGACCAUGAAGCCCUUCAUCGCGAUGCCACGAUUCACCAGGCUGUCCAGUCGUCGGAGAGCCACCUGACGCCGUUGGACUUGGAAACCAUCAUGUCCAACAAAGGCGUUGUCAAAUACUGGUACCUCCACCGACCCAAAACGAUGGAAAUCGUGCACAAGAACGCCGUCAAGGUGCAGUCCGUCGCGCGCUCCUUUGCUGUACGGUCACUCAUCCGCAAGUACGGCAUCAAUUACAUGGUCGAAUUGGCCAAGCGUGACGCAGAAAAGAAAGAAGCCGAGCGCCUCGCCGCCAUGACACCCGACGAGCGUCGUCGCGAGGAAGAAGAACGAAUCGCGUUCGACCUUAAGGUCGAAGAAACCCGCCGUCUCAAACGCCAAGCCACCGCGCUCGCUGAAGAGAAAGCGGCCCAGGAACUCGCCGAACAAGCACGCUUGGCCGCGUUGGCGGAAUCUGAGCGGCUUGCCGAAGAACAGCGCAAGCGCGACGAAGCUGAAGCUGCUGCUGCUGCCCUGGCUGCUGAAGAAGCUGCUAAGGCUGCUGCCGCCCUGGCUGCGGAAGAAUCUGCGAAGGCUGCUGCCGCACAAAAGGCCUUGGAUGACAAAGCUGCUGCCGGUACCGCCGCCGCUGCUGCGGUCACUGCUUUGCCCAAUGCUGAGGUCACAAAGGGCGCUGCGUGGUCUAAUGUUGACAGCAAGGUUCAUGGUAAUGUCGAUGCUGCCGCAGCGGCUGCCGCUGUCGCUUCUACGGAAGCUGCACACAAGGCUGUGUUGGACGAAGCCGCGCAGUUGGAGCGUGAGGCAGAAGAGCGUGAACUUGCGCAUGCACGUGCUUUGGCUGAGAAGGCCGCGCGCGAGCGCGAGCUGGCACUUCAAGCUGAGAAGCAGGCCAAAUACGAAGACUCUCUCGGCCGGGAUGUGCCGAUCGUCGUCACCGACCACGGCCGCGGUCGCGUCUUGUUUUAUGAUCGCGAGACAGAAGUGUACUCGGUGGCGAUUGAGCACUACGGGAAGCCGGAGGAAGUCCUCGACGUGUACCCAGAGGAAAUUGUGCUGGACGGCGAGCGCAUCUUAUCGCCGAAAACGCUUGUGGAUACCCCGUUUGGCGUGGGUGAAGUUGUGGGGCUGGACCCUCAUUUGGGGUGCUAUGCAGUGACCAACUUGGUCGUUCGCGAGGAAGGUGUGGACGAAACAGCUGCGCCGCAAGCGUUUUUGCAGAUCCGCGACAUUGUCCGCCACGUGGAAGAGCGCGAAUCGCACGACGUGGUCGUCGAAGCUGGGGGAUUGCCCAUCCCCGACGAGAUCACGAUGAAGUCGGCGCGCAUUGUCAACUCAAAGAUCGUAACACAGUCGCGACACAAAUUUGUCCAGUACCACUUGGAAAUCCAAACGACCAACUACGGCACCGUGUACUGCUGGAAGCGAUACUCGACCUUCCGCCUCCUCUGCGACCGUCUGAUGAACGAAGCCGGGUACAAGAAGAAGGAGAUUCCCGAAUUGCCCAAACGACACAUCACAGGAAAUAUGUCGGAGAAGACGAUUCGCGAACGCGUCGAGAAACUCAACGAGUUCCUGGACGCCGCUGUCCGCGCCGAGCACCUGCAAUGGGGCAUCAAGGUCGACGACCAAAUUGCUGUCUACAAGCGCCGUGUAAAGAAGCCACGUAACGCUGCCCCCGCGCCUUCCAGCAGCGUCUUUGGCAGUCGACGGCGGUAAAUCCAUGCUUGAUCGCGACGCAGAUAUGACAACGUGUUCCGCUCAAGUAAACAAGCCAUUGAGUUCUUCACGCACAUGCUUUGAUUUUUUUGUCCAAUCAUACCGUUUCAUUUUCAUUUGUCGACAUCUGAUUCGUAAAUCCGUGGCGUUCUUGCCAAUCAACCGUGUCUCA